AUGCCUAAAAAGUACACUAAAACACUUGGGGCCCUUUGCGACGAGCUGGGCAUGACUUUACAAACUGCGUCCCAAUUCCAAAAAGAUACACUGAAGUAUCUCAAAUCGAAAACCCCCCACGUUCCAACCCUCGAAGACGAAGAAAUCGAGCCCUUUGCCUGGCAGUUCUUAGAUUCUGGCGCAGGCGCCCAAUACUUCUCCAGCAAUGCAGGACUCCGUUUCCGAUGGGACACUGACGAGCAUCGCUUGAGGAUCCACCGCUAUACUAACACCAUCAUGACAACACAACGCUGGUAUGCCAUCGAGAACCUACAUCAGAAAAUUGGGCGAGAGAAUAUGGCACAAUGUCCGGGAUGUCUACAACAUCCACCAGGAGAAAGAUCUUCGCCGCCCACCGCUCCUGGCAAUGCUGAUGACGCUAUCGAUCUGGACUAUCCCUCGAACCUGUCUGACUCCGAAAGCAUCCACCACAUUGUCAGUCAACAAAGCACACCCGAACCCACUUCCCCGGUCGAAGUCGACAGCAAGAGGAUCUCGACUGGCGCUAAGAGACCGCGACUUAGUCAAGACUAUCUGGCUCUCUCAGGAGUCAAGAAGAGAAAGACUCACCAAGACGCUCCCAAUGCAAGCCCCAUUAGUGUUCCAAAGUUGCAGGGUCCAAAACUCAGUACGUGGACUCCCGAAAUCCGGGCUGCCACUGCGCGGUUGGCGAGGUCAUUUCCACAGUUCAAUCCUACCAAGGUCGAAGGUAUCGUCGACGCGCAACCUCCACCUCAGGCGCAAAAGGAGGCAUCACAACAUAAAGUCAUCACACUCAACUAUAUCAAGCCUACGAUGCGCUAUCGUGGUAAAGUCUGGCAGUUCGACAGCAUCGCACAAAAGGCCAAGAUCCUCGAAAUGAUUCUUCUCCAGGAAGAGAAGGACGUCGAAUCAUAUCCGGUCUUAGCAUUCUCGAAAGGCGCACGGAAAUCUCUUGAUGCUGACAAUGACAAUGAUGACAACGACGAGGGCGAUGGAAGUGCUAUGAAAGAUUACUUUCGGUUUUACACACAUUUCAUGAAUGAAAGAUUUCCCGGGAAUGAAAAGAUGUUGCUGCAAAACGGCGUCAAACCUUCGGCAUGA